GUUUUCGACUGGCGCACACACACAUUUAUAGUCAUGGCUGAGAGGAGACAGCACCAGCGGCCCCACAGAAGGAGACUUGGAAGGAAAGCUGGGAUUGUUUCACUGUUUUCGCCUCUUGAAGUCAGACCGUGUCGUCUUCUAUAGAGCCGCGUGACACAGAGUUUAUAAUGGCGGACGUGAAGCCUGAGGGCUGGCGGCGGCUCCUUCAGCCUCAUGAUGCAUCUGGCAAAAACAGCAUGAGCUUCCUCCGCAGGUCCUCAUCAUGGAGGAGGCCUGGAGAGCGAGGUUAUUAUGAGGGCCCCACGGCGCAGGUGAAUGAGCCCCCUCGCGGAGCUCGUCCUCAGAGCUGCAUUGAAGGUGGCAGGAUGGACAAAUGGCUUCAAACACUAGAGAGACUUCAAUCCCGCCGGCUUCAGAAACAAGUACCUGAGUUUUCCGACUGGACCGUGUCUAUGCCGGCUCUCCCGAACGAAAUGACAGGAAGUAACCCACUCUGUCUGGAUCUGAACUCUCUUCGCAGAAAGAAUCAGACACCAAGUGCUUGUUCCAGUGUUUGUGAAAGCUCCCUGAGCAGCAUGGAGUCUGUUCACAUUAAGCCUGUUCCCAGUGCUGAAAAAGCAAAUUUCUGUGCUCUCGCUCCUGUUCGAUUCGGCUGGCUGCCCAUACAAAGACACGUGAUCCUGACGGACGCCCCCAACAACCGACAGGACAACAGCAGGUGUCAGCAGAAACUGAAGUCUCCCAUUACUCCAGUGUUGCUCAGCUCUCCUGCCAAACACAGACCAAGACCAAUCGAUGGAGAACCCAAGAGAGCUGACCCUGCAGGCUUCAGAUACUGGAGGACAGCUGAAAAAAACACACCAGUUCUCCAGCAGGCUUCGGGAUCCGUGAGCUCAGAGGGAGGACCAAACAGACCACAGGCCUGGAAUCCCAAAAACAGCAAGGUGGACAUGAGCCAGUCUCAUCCUGACAACACGCUUCCAAAACAUCCCAUACAGCGACGUGGAAGUGCACCAGAGUCCUUCAGCUCCUCCAUAUCAUCCAUUACAAUCACUUCCAAGAAGGUCACACACACUUCCAGCUCUCCAAACUCUACAAACUCCCUCAACGUUGACCGAAGGAAACCCCUAGUAGUCAAAGUCACCGAACAGCAGAUAAAAACAACCAAUCAGCCUGCCGUUUCAAAUCUUGAACUAAAUGACCACGGUGUAGUAUUGAGAAGAAAAGCCACUAUUGUGAAAAUGACCGAACAGAGAGAAGAGUUCAGGCGAGGGAAUCCUAAAUACAGACACAGCUACACUGAAGGACUCAAAAACUCAGCUAUUAAUCAACCUAAGGUCGAUCCAUCGCCACUAAACCAAGCGUUAACUGUAUCUCUAGAGCCUGGAGGAAACCAGUGGAGAUCUAGUUUAUCUCUUCACCUCGCCAGCCCCAACACAAUAGCAACAAACAACCCACGUCAAAGGCCUCUGAGCUGCGACGCAAGCCUGUUUAACCACACAGAUCUCACAUUUAAUGCUGUUGCAGAUCCAGCAGUGAAUAACAAGAGCUCUGCCUUUGCCCACAAGACAAAUAUUGACUGUGUUAGUUCCAGUGUUGGUGAAGCAAGAAGCCGCUCGGCCUCCAGCGGCGCAGACGGGAGAUUGAAGACUGAGGGAUUUCGGGAAUCGGUUUCAGGAGUCAGAGCGCCGCUAACACUGCUGAAAGUAUCAGAAAACUCUGAUGUGAGCGCAGAUGCAGUUCUGGCCCUGAACGCCGCUGCCGUCAUCGCUAACAUAAAGCUGCAGGUCCAGCAGAGACGAAAAUCAUCGCUCACAGCAGCAGCAGAGGACAGAGGGAAUAAUGAACACAGAGAGCCGAAAGAGGAGGCGUCUGAUAACGGCAGAAAGAAGAAAACUCCUCCAGCAGCAUCAUGUGCGGAGUUUGUCCCAUUUGAGACUGGAAAUGUUGCUCCUGAAGGACUUUCUCUCAGUGAGGCUUUGGCUCUCAGAAGGCCUGGUUUUAUCCUGCGUUCUCAGGCCAGGGUUCGAGCGGUGGAGUGCAGGAGCGAAGAAAGACAGAAAGCAGAGAUCCUGCAGGACAGAGAAAGCCUUUUGAAAUCUAAAGACAGAAGCAUCAUGGGAAAGGGGCCACAGAUGCGGUCCAGGAGGAAUUAUAACCAGCUCCCUGAAGUGAAGAAGAGAAGAGAGGAAGAGAAGAGGAAAAAAGAAGAGGAGAAAAGAAAAUUGGUAUCUCGGACCAACAGAAUGCGGGCAGAGCUUUUCAAAAAGAAACUUCUGCAGCAGAUUUUGCAGAGAGGAGGAAAUCACUGACACCGCCUUGGACUCGUGUUUCUUCUCACUCCACAGUUCUCAUGUCAGUCGUUGAAAAAUAUGACAUGACAAACGGUUAUAAAUGUGAUGGAAUAGUUCCUUUCAGAAUGAGUGUGCCUUAAACAUGAACUGUGGCUCUGCAUUACCUCUGUUCUCUCUAUACAUACUGCACAAUGCUGCUCAAAAGUUACGCUUGUGCUCAUCAAGACUGCAUUCAUUUGCUAAAAAAUACAGUCAAAACACUAAUAUUAUUUUAAUUCAAAAUAUUUCAUUCAAUAUAUUGUUUAUAUUUACGUAUAUAUCCAUUAGA